UGUGCCAAAACCCAACACAUUCCUACCAACUUGCUCUUGUUCUUAUUGUGCAGUCGUCCUUAUCAUAUCUCUCAAACUCUCUCUCUCUUUUAUUAUUCUCAGACAAGUGAUAUAUAUAUUUUGUCAAAUUAAAAUGGGUGAGGCUGUUGUUGCUAAUGGUUUUGCCAAUCUUUAUGAGAAAGCUGAUAAAACCCUGAAUAUUGAUAAUCACAAAGACUCUUUUUGGUACGAAGAAGUCAUUGAUGAGGAUCUCAAAUGGUCCUUCGCUUUGAAUAGUGUUCUGCAUAAAGGAACCAGCGAGUACCAGGACAUUGCUCUCUUGGACACAAAGCGUUUUGGCAAGGUGUUGGUGAUUGAUGGAAAGAUGCAGAGUGCUGAAAUAGACGAAUUUAUAUACCAUGAAUGCUUGAUACAUCCCGCUCUCUUAUGCCACCCAAACCCCCAGACAAUGUUUAUAAUGGGAGGUGGCGAAGGGUCAUCAGCAAGGGAAGCACUAAAGCACAAGUCAUUGGAGAAGGUGGUUAUGUGUGAUAUAGACCAGGAGGUGGUCGAUUUUUGCCGCACACAUUUGACGGUAAACCAUGACGCCUUUUGCCACAAGAAGCUUAAACUUGUUAUUAAUGAUGCCAAGGCUGAAUUGGAGAGGAGCAGUGAAAAAUUCGAUGUAAUAGUGGGAGAUUUAGCAGACCCAGUUAAAGGAGGUCCAUGCUACCAACUCUACACAAAAUCCUUCUAUGAGCGAACUGUCAAGCCCAAGCUCAAUACCAAUGGCAUCUUUGUCACCCAGGCCGGACCAGCAGGCAUUUUCACCCACAAGGAGGUCUUCACCUCUAUCUACAACACUAUCAAACAAGUCUUCAAAUAUGUGGUGGCAUACACUGCUCACAUACCCUCUUUUGCAGAUACAUGGGGAUGGGUUAUGGCCUCGGACCAGCCAUUCUCUGUGAAUGCUGAGGAAAUGGACAAAAGGAUCAAGGAAAGAAUCGAUGGCGAAUUGCUCUAUUUAACUGGUGCUUUGUUUAUCUCCUCAGCAACACUCAAUAAGACUGUUGCCUUCUCGUUGUUGAAUGAAACUCAUAUCUACACUGAAGAUGAUGCAAGGUUUAUUCAUGGACAUGGGUUGGCUAACCGCCAUUGAGGUCUCAAGCCAAAGGUUGGGGGAAAUGCUGUACAAAAAAAAAAAAAAAAAAAAAAAGAGUAAGAAAGACUGGAAUUUAAAAAGUGAGAUUUUAAUAGAGCUUUGCCAAAGAUAUCAAUCAGUUAACAAAUUGUUUGAAGCGUUUGGGGUUUAGGCAAGAAAUGUUAGCUUCAUUUGGGGUUGUUCAUAGGAUUUUAAAGUGUACUACAAUUUAAACUUUAUCCGAUAUGAAUGAAUUAUGAGGCAUUCCUCCAUUCAGAUUUCUAUC